AUGGAUAUACUUGUCGGUUGGCUUGCUGAUCGUUCAAACUACCAACGCUGGCGCAGUGGUAACGCUGUUGUUGAAACGGAUCAUCAACAACGCAUUCCCAAAAAGAUCCUCUUGGAAGAGAUUCUUACCAAGAUGCGUCAAGCUGGUAUCCACCAUCGCCUUCCCAAAGAUGUGGCAAGCAAAAUCUCUACCCUACAAAGCAACUAUCGAGCAGCCUGUGAAUGGAUGAAUACCGAAGCAAGACGUUUACGCAAAGCUGGUGUUUCAGAACACACCAUCCAUGAGGAGGUCGUCAAGCACUUUGCCUAUUGGGAUGCUCUUAAUCCAAGCUUUGGUCAUUAUCGAUGUUCUUCAAGUAGUGGACCCAUGGCCAUCAGCAGUCUUAUGGACCAACAGCAGCAGCAGCAGCAACAACAACAAGAAGAGCAACAAUCGAAUCAUUCCGACGAUGACCAAGUGGAUGAAUUAGAUGAAGAUGAUGAAUACCAAGAGCCUUACCAUGGAGAUGGUAACCAUAGAAACGCAAGAAUUCUUAAUCACCAACACACAACACAACAAAAGAAGCGACGACGGCGUAUGUAUCAAGAUGAAGACAUGAAUGAAAAUGAUAACUCGAGAAUAACAAAAAGGAGGAAUAGCACCAGCAGUAGCAGCAACAGCAGUGCGGCAAGUAAUGAUUUAUUGCGUAUCUUGAACCAUACAUGUCGUCCAACACCAUCAUCCUCUUCAAAUAAUACCGUAUUGUCAACAUCCUCCUCCACAGCCCAUCAUCACCAUCCUAGUGCAUCAUCCGUUGACUCUGUUCUUGCUGAUUCAUUCAUUGAGAUCAACCGUGAAAAAGAACCCAUCACGAGGAAACGUUCAUCAUCCAACAAUAACAAUCAUCAUCAACAUGUAUUACGAUUCCUUCAUGGCAAACAAGCUGAGCAAGAACAACUAUUGAUUGAAAAAGAGAGCCGAAUUCGUGCCAAGGCCGAGUUGGUGAAGCAUUUGAUGAAAGCUGGCUUCUCGGAAGAAGAGAUCACUGAACAGCUCAGCCAGCUCUAG